AUGAAUAACAAGGCGCGGAACCCCGCUCCCUCUUCAGUCCGGGCAAACACCCCGUCCCGGACACCCACUCCUGUCCGAACCGCGACCCCAGUCAGGGCCUCGACCCCGGCGCACAACCGGUCUCCGGUCCGAGCAACCAUCCGGGUCCGGACUCCUGCUAACCCUGUUCCAAUCCGGUUCCCUACUCCAGCCCCAGCCCCUGCCCCAACUCCAACCCCAGCCCCAACUCCAGCCCCAGUCCCGGCCCCAGCACCGGUGCGGACUCCAGCACCAGUCCGGGCCUCCAUUCAAGGUCGGAGCUUUCCCACGGUCUCUCCAGUGAGGUUCUUACGGAACUUGGCCUUGCCCGCCGCACAGCCCCUUUCUUCCGGGGGUGCUGGCUCUCUCUCAAAGGAUCUCACGCUCGCUCAAAAGCAGAAGCCCUCGAUCCACAGCCUAGCGGAGGCCAUCCAGGGGCCCUUUCCAGUGCUCACUCCCUCGGCCUCCUCCGAGACCCACGGCUCCAUACCGGACCCCGCCCCUCCCACUGACUCCUUGGCUUCCACUGCCAUGGCCUCCAGUACCUUGGACCCCAUUCCGGGCCCCAAACCUACACUAGAGUUCUUGGCCUCCCCGCUGAAGGAAACCCCUGAUUUGGGUAAGCUCUCCACAAUUUCCCCAGCACAGAACUUCGUUUCCACUAAGGAGGUCCCCUCCACCAGCGAGGACGUCCCAACGGCCAACAGAAUCUUGAUCCGUGUGAUGUACUGUGGCCUCUGAAGCUAUGGCCUUCGGUACAUUCUACUGAAAAAGACCCUGGAGCAUCAAUUUCCAAACCUUCUGGAGUUUGAGGAGGAAAGAGCUACCCAGGUUACAGGGGAGUUUGAAGUGUUUGUGGACGGGAAACUGAUCCAUUCCAAGAAGAAAGGCGAUGGCUUUGUGGAUGAGACUAAUCUGAAGAAACUUGUGGGUGCUAUUGAUGAAGAGAUCAAGAAAAGGUAGCAGCAAUAGUGGAGCUGGACAUGAGUGAGGUGCAAUGGAGGGUCAUGAGGAAGUGUGCAAGAACCUCAGCGGGAUGAUGAGAAGGGCUGAAAUGCUGCCAAACCAGGUCCUUUUCUGAUGGUGGCUGGGGCUUGGUUAGGGCUUGGGAGAGUAAAGAAAAAUGUAAUCUGCUUCCCUGUG